AUGGGACGAGGUGGUCGGAAGAAGGGCACCAAGCCGACGCAGGGCGAGGCCUCUGGUGCACCAGGAGGAGAGGACGCCGACUGGGUGCUCGUCGAGGGCGGCAGCAAGCCAUCGAAUUCAAAAUCGAGUGCACUGCCGGGCGGACGUGACUCCAGCAACGACGUCCCAGCCAAUCCAUCUGCCGAGACCAACGCGGGCGAGAAGAAGAAGAAGAGGAAGCGAAAGGGACGUGGCGGCAGCAGCGAAUCUCAAUCCAGCGACAAAUCGAAAGAAGAUCACGAUUCCAGUCGUCAGGCCACCGAUGCAGCUGAUGAUUCGUCGACGAAGAACCAGGCGGGCAAGAAGGAGAAGACCGCAAACGCUCGCCGCCACCCCGGCAGCCGACGACAGUGGCUCCAAUCAGCAGCAGCAGAGAAAGCGGAAGCGCAGGAGGACCGGAGGCGGCUCUUUCCGUUGCUGCGUCAGUUUGUGACGGUGUUCCUCCUGGGAGCCCUGACGGCCCUCAGCGUGUGGCUCUACAUUGAUCUCAUAAUUGUGGCCGAGGAGGCCUCCCAGAUCCGUCCCUUCACCGAGCGCGCUGCUCACGUUGCCGCCGAAGCGCACCACAGGGCAGCCGAGGUGGCGAUGGAACUGCAACACAGUUUGGAUGACAUCUCCUCCUACAUGGAAGGCAUGUUUUCUGCCAACAAGAAACACUUCCGCAUGCGGAUCUGGGGAACAGUGACCAUGAUGCAGAAGCUGCUUCUCGAUAAACAGUGUUGGCUAGACCAUGUCAUGCUCGACAAGGAGACCGGGCUGGACCCGGAGGGCAUCAAGCUGCGCGCCGCGACUGGCCUCGAGGCGGCCGACUACCUCUUCCCGGGCUACUGGGUCUGGGGCAAACUCAUCCAGAAUUUUGCAGAUAUCGGGUAUGACAGCAACAACCUGUUCAUGGCGGCCUACGACUGGCGUCUGUCGUUCAAGGGCCUGCAGCAGCGGGACCAGUACUUCACUAAGCUCAAGCACAUGGUCGAGCUGGCCUACGACACCAACAACCACCGGAAGGUGGUCAUCCUCACCCACAGCAUGGGCUCCAACGUGCUGCUCUACUUCCUCAACUGGGUUCAGGCCGACCCCGCCACCAACGGCGGCGAUGGAGGCGGCGAGUCGAGCGAGUGGGUGGACAAGUACAUCGAGUCGUGGGUCAACAUCGCCGGUCCCAUGCUGGGCGUGCCCAAGGCGCUGGCUUCCCUCUCCAGCGGUGAGAUGCGCGACACCGCCCAGCUCGGAGCGCUGGAGACGUAUGUGAUGGAGAACUUCUUCUCGCGGCGCCAACGGGCCGAGAUGCUGCGGUCGUGGGGCAGCAUUGCGUCGAUGCUGCCCAAGGGCGGCGACUACAUCUGGGGCAACUCCACCUUCGCGCCCGAUGGCGUGGUCGUCAAGGGCCACAUGAUUUCCUUCGAACCGCACGAGCGCGAGGAGACCAUCGAAGACGAGGCCCUCCGCGCCGAGCUCGAGAACGACGAACCCGCCGUCGAUGAUGUCAAUGUCGACGCAAACGCUGACGUCACUGUCGACGUUGUCAGUGGCGGCAGCGGCAGCUUGCUGGGCGUUGUGGGCGCCGAGGCCACCGGGGUGGUCGACCCGCUGACGAUCGAGGCGCAGGCCGUGAACACGUCAUCGCUGCAGGCGACGACGCCGGCGAAGCCGUCGAGUGGCAGUGACGCGAGCGUGCAGGAGGUGAUGAGGAGGACGCUCAAGAAGAUGAAGAGCAGCAUCAGCAACAACAAGAACAAGAAGAGAAAACGCAGCGCCUCGGCGCCGUCGCCCGCGCAGCACGCGCUGGUUCGCAACGUCACCAUGGGCGACGCCAUCGAGUGGAUGAUCAAGGUCGCCGACGACCCCCACUUCGAGCGCUACAUCAGGUCGGUGUACAGCUACGGCGCGGAGACGGACGGACGGAAGCUCUUAAUUGGGCCGCGCGAGGCCAAGUACUGGAGCAACCCGCUCGAGUCGUCGCUGCCCAACGCGCCCCACAUGAAGAUCUACUGCUUCUACGGCGUGGGCAAGGGCGCGGAGCGGGCUUACGUGUACCGCCACACGGACUUGGCCGACGAGCUGCAGCAGACGGUCAAGGAGCACGAGGUGGGCGGGCUCGUGGGGGACCUGGCCGGCGGCGACGGCGACGACGGGCAGGUCAAGGCCGGCGAGGCCGGCGGGCAGGACAUCGAGGAGGAGGAGCACGACGUGCCCUUCCGUAUCAACAACGAGGUGAACGAUCCCGAAAACGACCUGGUCUCUGGCGUUCAGGACUCUCAGGGCGACGGCACCGUCCCACUGAUGUCGCUCGGGUAUAUGUGCGUGGAGGGAUGGAAGCGGGAGGACUACCCGUACAAUCCGGCCGGCAUCAAGGUGCUCACGCGCGAGUACCCGCACCAGCCGUCGUCCGUGUUCUCCGACAUCCGCGGCGGUCCCGCGACAGCGGAUCACGUGGACAUCAUGGGCAACUACGAGAUGACCAUCGACAUCCUCCGCCUCGUGUCGAACCAGGCCAACAAGGUCGAGGAGAGGAUCGUGUCGCCCAUCAAGGACUACGCUCGCGGUGUGGACCUUCGCUGGAUCGACGUCAACAAGCCUGAAGAGGCGAACUAG